AUGUGGAUUGACCAUAAGAAGUUUAAAGAGUUAGUGUUGCAGAGAUGGUGCAAGCCAAGUAAAGGUUAUGGUUUAGAGAGAAUAGUUCAGAAAUUGGGAAGAUUCAAGCAGGUUCUUCUCAAGUUUAAUAAAAGUUAUGUGGGAGAUGUUGUUCAGAAUUAUAAUACUGAUAAGGAAAACUACCAAAAUGCUCAAUUGUCUCUUCAAACUAACCCUCACUCUUCUGUUUUGCAAAGAGAGGAGCGAGUUGCUGGUGAGAUUUUUGCAACUCAUGCUAGAAUAUAUGACAGUUUUUUGAGACAGAUAAGUAAAGUUAAUUGGCUCCGUUAUGGUGAUGAUAAUACGGCAUACUUUCACGCUUGUUUGAAACAGAGAAGGGCUUCUAACCGUAUCACAUCUUAUGUUAAUGAAUCUAGUCAGUUAAUCGAGAGGUUUGAGGAGGUGGUGGAUCACUUUGUAAAUCACUUUCGAAAAGUUAUGGGCAGCCAGAGCACUGCCUCAGUACCUAUUCAGAGGUCUUGUUUUAGGCUUGGACACAGGCUGUCUUUGGACCAACAUCUUGGUUUAAUAAAGCCUUUUACUAGAAAGGAAGUAGAAGAUGCUUUGUUUAGUAUUAGUUCAAUUAAAAGUCCGGGUCCGGAUGGGUAUGGUUCUGGUUUUUUCAAAGCCUUGUGA